GGAAGGGCCAGAAUCAAGCAAACAAGUUUAUCCGUCGGAGACACUCCUGAUUGGGUGUUAGACUUGCUCAAGACACUUCUGACUCGAGCAAUUCAGCCCCAUACCCACUUUGUGCCUCCCCCAUUCUUGUGGAGUGAUACGGCUACCAACUGCACUCCCUAGCGGCUGGCCAAGCAUGGACCUUUAACUGUGCCGUGGAUAAAUUCCAGCCAGCCCCCCUGCGACCUGCCCUCUCCAUUCCCACGUCCGCGGAUCUCAUUUUCUCGGCUUCUCUUUGAUUGCAAGCAAAGCCAUAUCCACAGCAUAGAAGCUUCAGUUGUUAUUCACGACGGAGUAAUACUAUGCGCCAUCUCGUUCACUGCAUGCUUCAGCUCGUGCUUGUGGACCCCGAGACCCGAGAGCCCGGGUCUGGCGAUUGACGAAGACCCGACGAUGCCUCGUGAGCGCCCUCUGCAGCGCUUGACUCAGGCCUGUGAUUAUUGCCGCGUUAGGAAAAUCAAGGUAUGUGAUUGUGUGCUUGAGGAAAGGAAUGUGGAACUGAAGAGCUGUUGUCGUACUGGUACACAACAGUGGGGAUGAACUCGUAUGAUCAUUCCAGCACGCCACAACUCACAGUUUCUGGCUUCAUUUCCUAUCCGAUCUAUUGAAAGUGGCUAUUCAUCCUAGCCUCGAUGAGAGAUAUUCAAGCUCUGUUUUCUUCUUUUGUUUGCAUUGUGGCCGGCAGUUGUAGAUCCGAGGAUCUUGCAUGUAAACAAGGGACAACUUCACGGGCAUGAUUUGUUGGCGCUGACUUGUUAUCGUACUGAUCGAAGAUUUUGUCAACAGGCUAACUCUCCCUCAGUGUGACCUUCGGCGUCCUUGCUGCGCGAACUGCGAGAAUCGGUCGUUGACAUGUCACUUCACCCAUCAGCAACGGAAACGUGGACCGCGUCCAGCAUCAGGGAGUAAUAAAGAGAAACGCGCUCACGGAAGCCCUCACCAGGCUCACUUAGCAACACAAGCAAACAUAUCAGACUCAUCAACUCAAAGCGAAAGUGAUGGAUAUCAACGGUCAUACCCCGCCUUAUUAUCUCCCUUACCUUUGGACAGCCGACACGCUGCACAGCAGACGAACCCCGAGAACAGUGUGGAGACGCCGAUAAGAGAACGAGAAAUCCAGAGUUCUCCAUUGAAUGCAGAUUCCAUUUGGCCUCAGAAUCAGCAACUAUCUCCUUCGGCGCAAUUCGCGGCUAUUUACCAUGAUCUGGAAAAAGAAGUGAGCAGCCUUGCCCUGGGCAAAACAAUGCACUUGCUUGCAAGAGAUUGUGUGGAUCACUACUUCGAAUGUCUUUACCCACUCAUGCCAAUUGUAUAUCGACCAAAAAUCGAGCUUGGAUUAUGUCUUCUACAACCAGGGAUCGAACGACGGGAGAUGGACCUCGAGGUUUUCACACUUACGGUGGCAUUGUGCGCAAUAACUGCAGCAGUCGUUCCCAGUACAAUCUUCAGUCAAGGCUCUCUUGUCGCCGAGAAGUUCUAUUGCACCUCAAAGCGGAGUAUGGAGCUGUACCGUCGGAUAGAAAAGCCCUCGUCGUCGUCAAUUGCGAUUCGGUACUUCCAAUCCGGAUACACACACUCUGUAGGCAAACCGCGAACAACAUGGGAUGAAUUGGAGUCCGCAAUCGAGCUUGCUCAGAUCAUGCGACUACACGAGGAAUCGUCCUACGCUGGGAUGGAUGUUGUGGAAAGUCAGCUAUGUCGACGACUCUUUUGGAUUCUAUUCACUGGCGACAAAUCCGCCGCGAUUCUUGGGAAGCAUCAGAUUACACUCGGCCGGUAUUUACUGGAAAGCGGCAUUACCGUUUGCUACUCGGAGAGUUUGGAUGGCGAAGACAUCAACAUGCGCCUUGAUUCAGGAGAGUCCGUACCGCGACUGGUCACGGGAUUCAACCUCAACCAAGAUGUCUGGCAUGCAGGAUAUCUAGUGCUCUUAGAGAUUGAAAAGCUGCGCGAAAAGUACAGAGGUCUCGAAGAGGGAGAAGAUGGCCCUCGACGCUUGCCCACGCCAGCUGAGCUCUCGCAUAUCAGCGACCUCAACAUUGCCUUUGAGACUUGUCUGGAUAAUGCUCCAACUUGUCUCCGCGCAAGCCCUACGCUAUCACAUUCACCCGAAUCGUUCUUCUUCGGCCAGGAGCGGGAAGCGCCUCCUCUUCCUCGUGCGUUUGCCCUUCACCGAAUCAAUCUCCAAGUCACAUACCAGUGCCUACGUCUUGUCAUAUUGCAGGCCAUGGCUUCCAACAUCACGCCUUAUUACAACGUCUCGCAUAUUUGGGCUCCCUUCUCACCAUUGACCUACAUGUCACCGGGAGCAGCUUCGAAUUCAGACCAUGCUUCUCCAACUCUGGCACGCAAUAUCAGCACUCCCGAGGAGUCCAUACUGGUGCGCGAGCCCUCAGUGCUUCUGCUACAAAAGGUGCGGAUCGCGGAAGAAAUGUUACAUAUACUACAUACGAGUUCUCUUGAGAAUCUACGGCUGAAUGGCGAGUCGUGUGUUGAGAAGAUCCGGUUGGUAGGUGCGGCGAUGCUGGAGAUAGUUGAUCAUCAUGGCGACUCGCCGGUCGCUGGUAUGGCGUCACGUUUCAAGGAGUUGUAUCCACAUAUUCUGGCGCAUUUGCGGUCAAAAGCCUCGGAUUCGUUAGCAAGCGAUGUUUGAGGAGAAGGAAAUAGAGUGACUAUGAUUCAGACUGGUAACUUGUUGAUGUUUAAGCGAAGAAAGUCAACAAAGAAGUAACAGGCAGACAGGGUCUCAACUAAUUUUGAUUCCGCUUGAAAUACCCAGGAUUUCCUGCUUAUAAUUGAUAUAUAGUAAGGCGGAAUAUCAAGCAAAAAAACCAUAUCUGCAGCCUUAUUUUUUGGCGAAUGAAAGAAAAAGAAUGCGAACCUCAGCUUGUAGAUUGCAAUGAACAGAACCUCACACGAAGUUGGCUGCUCCGCAAUUAGCUCCUAAAAGCACUGCUGAA